AAAGGUGGGAGCGAUCGUGAGGUCAUCUCUGCGGAGUUAUGGCAAGUGCGAGUGAUUCAUGUCAUGCUAUCUUUUCAUGCGCCAGCACUGUGGCGAGUUGCGGGAGUUUUCGCCUCUGGAUGCGCGUCGUUUGCUUUGCGCUUCGCUUCCCCGUCGCUCUUCUCAUUUCGAGCUAAAACAAUCGCGGUAGAUCUCGACUCCAGAGAAACCUCUAAUACUCCGCAGAAUCAUCUUGCUGCUACUGCACAAGUGGCCAAGCCACAAAGAACCAUUGCAGUCCGUGGCAUUCCAGAUGGCCUUCUAGAGGAUGACGUCUUGGCUGAUAUACUAACAAUCCAUUUUCAAAAGGCAAAGAAUAAAGGUGGAGACGUGGAAGACAUAGUCUAUCCUACGCCAACCAAAGGAGUUGCAUACAUAACAUUUGAAGACAGGCAAGUUGCAGAGAAUGUUGUUGCAAAAGCUGAACACAGCCUGCAGGACAAGAGACUGCCUGUGGACUAUCCUCUGAAAGUAUCUUUGUAUAGAGAAAAUAAUUCCCCGUUAAAAUCGGAACCACAGGGCCAAGGAAGGGAAGAGGAGAAGGUUUUUACCAGUGUCUCUUGUCUCCUUGAUUUAUCUAUUUUGCGAGGGAAAAACACCUUAGAAGAUCUUGUGGGAGACCUUCAGAAGAAUUUUCCAGUUUUGAGCUUUGGAACUUUGCAUCCUGAUGGACAGAUAACUGUCGAGGGACCAUUUUCAGCAAUAAGAUCCCUCCAAAAUAAGCUUGUGUCGAAACGACAUCAUUCUCUUUCAAAACCAGAAGUUAAGUCUGGGAGAAGAGAGGACACAACGGAUCCCAGGCCUAAUACCAGCCUAGGAAAAACUGAUUUAUCCUUAAAAGGAAGCAAUAAUUUUGUUCAGAGCACCAAAAAAGAGCGAUUAAUUAUUGCCCUUGACACUGAUGUAUAUCUCUACAUGAAAACAUUAAAAAAAAAGCUGUAUCAAGAGAGGCUAAAACAAUGUGGCGUUAUCAGUCAUGAGUUCAGAGAUGGUGAGGUUACCACAGUCUCUUUUGACCAUGACCCUGCUAGUCCAAGUGUUGGCCAGUUAGAAAUAGCCAAAAAUAUAGUUGAAGACUUGGCAGAAAGUUUGCAAAGUUGUUUGCGCAAAGAAAGAUUAUCCCUAGAAGGAUUUAGCAGAGCUGAGAAACGUCAACGUGAACAGGCAUGUGAGAACUUGCGCUCACGGUACCCCCGCGUUCUGAUUGUUCCAUACUCAACUCACAUAGAUGUUAUAGGAAUGUCUUCUGACAUUUUUGGGUUUAUGCAGCAAGUGGAUAAAAUGGUGGGGCGUUUCCAAAAAGAACCUUGGCGAUAGUCGCUCGAUGUCUUCGGGCAGGCCUAAAUGUUACAUUCGACAUGUGGUUGCCACUGAAAAUGGAAGCCUUGAGUUGUCUUAAGGCGCACCUACCUAAGUUGGAAUGUUAUCACAUCGUGUGGGUCUGUUCCUGCAUCACUGCAUUGGUUGACAGGGUGGGAGAAUGACACAAAUAAAUGUCCCUGAAAGGGUAUACAGAUGACGAUACAGGACAGUCCCAUGCAAGGCUAAUAUUUUAAGCAGCAGUGCCGUGUUGAAUGUAACGGCGAGUUCUGCUCUGCUGAUGAAGCAUGCUCUGAAACAUCUCAAGAGUGACAAUGAAUGAACAGCAGUUGAUCAUCAGAAGGAAUAAAUGCUGCAUAGCUUAGCUUUUUUUUUUUUUUAAAGGAUGACUUGUUCUUUUGUGUCUGUCCCUUAUGACCUCAGCACACUAAUUAUGGGGCAGUCUUGCUUCAUUAAAGGUUUUCCCACAGAUAUCCGAAGAAGAUGAUGGUUGGUCAAGCAAAAUAAUUAUUCUCAGCAGCUUCCUGUUUAGCUGGAAGUUUUCUUUUGCUGCAACUGGCAUGGAUUUGUUAUAUAAUAAGUGAUAUCACAAUGUAAUAUUUCUGGAAGUCCAUACAUUCUUUCUCUUGAUGUUUAUGCACAGUAACAAAUGUUCUCAUAUCCUUGUUCUGUUUAUAACUUGAUUUCACUGGAUUAAAGCUGGUUUUAUAGUUUA